UAACAUCUUGUCGGCAGUAUUUGUUCGAUCCACUUAAAUAUGUAUGCCCCAAAGAGGGUCUGCAUGGUUUAGUAAAACCUGCGAGAUUUAUACGUUGAUUACACUGAGGAACAUAAACAGUGGAUGAUAUUUUGUGGCAAUUGGUUGGUCCGUGUCUUUGUGGUAUAGUUGUUGUAUCGAGUUAUUCUCAAGUUAUGUUUUAACUCGAACUUAUAAUCUAAAUAUCCUAGGCAAAUGUGUGGCUAGCUCAACUGAUUGAAAGAGAUCGUUUGUAGACAAUAUCGGAGUAAAGCAAAUGAAUAUAAUUUAUUUGACAUAACAUGAAGUGAAAAGGCUUUGCCCAUCUCUAAUUAUCUUUGAUAUCAUUUUCUUCUCUCUUUUUCCCCCUCUUUCUUUUUCAUUUUUCGCAGAUGCUAAUAUUUAGUCAUCGUCAAUAAUAAAAUAACGACAAAGAAAUGAAAAAGUAUAAUAUUUGUUCUUUCAAAUAAAAUUAGAAAUCUAAGAAAUAUGUCACACUUGCUCGUGAACCUAAUUAAAGACAGCUGUAAAGAAGUCUUCAUCUAUUCUUUUUGAAAUUUAUCGUGGGUCAUAUAAAGAAUUCUAAAUUAAUCUGCUUGAUCUUCAGUAGUAGUCUUCCCAAAUGCAGAACCAACUGUAAUACUACUUUUUUUGGUAAAAAAACUAUAAUAAUACUUGUACACGACUUCAUAAGAUAUAUACUAUAUUAUUCCCGAUCCACCAUCCUAUUGCAACAUCCCUAAACCUAAUAGACUGUUUAGGUUACUAAAUCCAUGAUUAAUGGUUUUAAGUUGUAUAGGGUCUACUCAAAAACCAAACAUACGAAUAGAACCAUAAGCAAAUAAACAGCAUACAAAUAGAACCAUAUGUCAACAUCUUUCAGUCACAUUCUAUCUCUCUCCCUCUCUCUCUUGAUGUGCCCAUAAAUCUUGCUGUCAACAAUUCACAACCUCCUCUUUUUCAUUCCAUCACCCAUCAACAAAAGAAAAAGCUCUUUUAAAUAUUAAAUAUUUCCACUCAAAAACCCUUCGAACAAAAUCUUUUCCCUCUCUCUCUCUCUCGCUCGCUCUCGUUUUCAUUUUCUCUACUCGACUCCAAUCUUUGAUCCAUCAAAUGUCUUCUCGAAACUGCAGAUCAAGAACCAAUCAACUCGCGAAAACAAUCAUUAUUCUCGUUGUUCUUCUUUUCUUUUUGGGUUGCUGCAAUGGAGCAAGAACCACGAACAUGUUCACGAGAUCACCACCGAAACAAACCAACGAAGUUUCACCACCUCAUCAUCAUCAUCACGAUCAUCAAGUACAAAAUCACAAAAGUGUACAGUUCUUGGGGUCCAUGCCACGUCAGUUUCCGGUUCCAGCCUCUGGUCCUUCAAGAAAACAUAACGACAUCGGUUUAGCUAGUACUACUACGACUCGAUCUUCUCCUUGAAGCUCAAAAGAUUUGAUUAAUCAACCUCCUUUUUCUCUCUUUGUUUUGUGGUUUAAUAUUGGUUUAAACAGAUGUAAAUAGGAUUUUAGUUCGAUUUAUUUUCAAAUUAUAGUAUUGGAACUUGCUAGAUCCAUUGAGAUAGUGCAUGUACGUAACUGUAAAGAGGAGACAUAAGGGUCUUUUUGUAGUACAACAAUCAUUGUUCUUUUUGAUUUUCUGACAAGGAAUGUUCCGCCCAUG